CACUGCAGGUAAUGCUCAUCAGAGCUUCAAUACAUAUUACGAAACGAGUUACGAGUAAGGACUAAGGAGAUCAAGGAGUUCGACAAGCGAAGAUCACAGAUCAUGGGGCUCAAGAACACAAUUUUGUUGUCUUUGUUUUUAGUAGCUUUGGUUGCAAAGAAAGGCUUGGCAGCACAACAUGUAGUUGGGGGCAGCCAAGGUUGGGAAGAAUCCACAGACUUCAACUCCUGGGCAUCUGCUCAGAAAUUCAAGGUUGGCGAUCAACUUGUUUUCAAGUACACUUCGGGUUUGCACAGUGUCGUUGAACUACCUAACGAGAGUGCCUUCAAGAACUGUGACCUUGGGAGUGCACUGGACUCGAAGAAGGGAGGAAACGAUGUGGUGAAGUUGAACAAGGCCGGUUCAAGAUAUUUUGCUUGUGGUACUUUAGGCCACUGUGACCAAGGCAUGAAGGUGAAGAUCACUACUGCAGGAAGCACUGCAGCUUCUUCUCCGGCAUCAUCAUCCUCGAACAAUGAUGGUUCUUCUUCAGAUGCUUCUACCACUACUUCAACUACUUCUGCAGCUUCUGCCAACUUCAAUUCUUUCGCUUUGUUCUUUGCGAUGACUGCAGUAUCGGCAUUCGUUCUGGUUUAUGUGUUUUGAGGGACAUGCAUGUUGGAGUACUGUUAAUUGAAUUGUCUGCUUUAAAUUAUAGCCAGUGCUGAUCCAUAUUUUUGUUUCGAUAUAUUUCAGAAUAAAAGUGGCAGGGCUAUUUGCUAUAACCCUGUCCUGAUUUUUGUAAUUUGUGUCGAUGAAUCUUGAUCUUGUUCUGGGAAAUUACAGAGUUCUUAAUUGAUGA